AUCAAGGAUGUCAGAGGCGGGUCCCUGGACUGUCACGUUCACUUCUGGUUGGGAAGUGACACCUCACAGGAUGAAGCUGGAGUGGCAGCGUACAAGUCUGUGGAGCUGGAUGACUACCUCGGCGGUGCACCCGUGCAACACCGUGAAGUUGAAGGUCAUGAGUCUCAACAGUUUCUCAGCUACUUCCCUCAAGGAAUCAAGAUCAGGGCAGGGGGAGUGAAGUCCGGUUUUCAUCAUGUGGAGAAAGGAGUGUUUCAACCCAGACUGAUUCAUCUUCCGUCGAUUGGCUGGGAGCAUAUGAACAAAGGUGACUGCUUCAUACUGGAUCUGGGUCAUGUUAUCUUCCCUUGGCUGGGAUCAGACUGUAACAGAACUGAGAAAAUGAAGACAUUAGAACACUGCCGAAGACUGAGAGAUGAACGAGGGGGACAAGCGAACAUUCUCUUUGUUGAUGAUGGCCAAGAAGAAAAACUGGACAAUGAGUCGAAACAGCUGUUUGAGAAGCAUCUUCCGAUCAGUGAGAGAAGUAAAUUGAAAUCUUCUGCAACUGGAGGCGAAGAUGAUACAGGCGAGAGACAGAUGUCUGCAAAUAUUAAACUAUAUUCAUGUCGAGAAGAAGAUGGAACACUCCGCAUUCAAGAAGUGAAACCUGGCCCACUUUCACGGAAGGAUUUGCAGAGCGAUGAUUCCUUCAUUAUUGACAACAGUCCAGCAGGUACCUGGCUGUGGGUUGGGAAGAAAGCAUCGCCAAAGGAGAAGAAAGAAGCCAUGAGAAAUGCUGUGGGAUUUUUGAAAAAGAAAGGCUACCCCUCGGACACCAAAGUGACCAGGGUAGUGGAGGCGGCUGAACCCUCAGACUUCAAGUGUCUGUUCAAAGACUGGCCCCAGCCACCACCUCCAGGGAAGGUUUACUGUUCAAGCCGAAUAGCAAAGACAGUUCAGACCAAAUUUGAUGCUGCAACUCUUCACAACAACACAGCUCUAGCAGCAGAAACACAAAUGGUGGAUGACGGCUCUGGAAAAGUUGAGAUCUGGCGUGUUGAGAAUUUCACCAUGGUUCCCUUAGAAAACAUUCAUUAUGGAGAGUUCUACGGUGGCGACUGCUAUGUGAUUCUGUACACUUACCAGGUGCACGGCAGGGAAAAGUACAUUAUCUACUACUGGAUAGGUCUCAAGUCAACUGCAGAUGAGCAAGGAGCCGCAGCCCACUUCACUGUUGAGCUAGAUGACAAGUACAAAGGGGCGCCAGUUCAAGUUCGAGUUGUCCAGUACAAGGAACCGCCCCACUUUAUGGCCAUAUUUGGUGGCAAGAUGGUUAUAUUUGAGGGAGGCAAAGCUGGCUGGACCAAAGGUAAAGUGGCAGUUGGAAACACAGAGUACGCUGGCCCAGGUGACAAGUACAUGCUUCAGGUUCGAGGCACAUCGGCUCUCAAUUGCAAAGCUGUACAGGUGCCUUUGAGAGCCGCAUCUCUCAACUCAAACGAUGUUUUUGUCAUCUUCACCAAGAGAGAUGAAAGAGAAAUGGCCAAAAAAAUUUCAGCAAGGUCUCCAAGAACUCUGACAAAUGUUUUCGAAGGCCAGGAAAAGCCAGAUUUCUGGAAUAUUCUUGGUGGAAAAGAAGAGUAUGCCUCAGACAAAAUUCUGCAAGAUGAAGGUAGCCAUCCUCCCAGGUUGUUUCAGCUCUCCAAUGCUAAAGGUCGCUUUAUUGUUGAAGAGCUACAUGACUUUGUCCAGGCUGACCUGAUAGAAGAUGACAUAAUGAUCCUGGAUGCUUGGGAGUGCAUUUAUGUUUGGCAGGGGAAAAACAGCAACAAGUCUGAGAGGGAAGAGGCUGAAAGAUGUGCAAUACAAUACUUGAAAACAGAUCCAGCAGGCAGAGAUACUGACACUCCCAUCAUUAGCAUAAAGCAAGGUUUUGAACCUCCAUCCUUUACAGGCUUCUUUGGUGUCUGGGAUCGUGACCUUUGGAGUAAAGGACUCAGUUUUGAAGAGCUGAAGAAGCAGAUAGGAGAAGGAAACCUGCCCAUCUCACAAGUCAAGGAGAGAGCCACAAAUGGAGUUCAAGACUUCAAUGAAGUGACCAAAUAUUCAUUGGCUGAACUGCAAGUUGCUGCUGAGGAAUUGCCCCCUGGAGUCGACCCUUCUGCAAGGGAGAUUCAUUUACGGGACGAUGAAUUUAAGCAACUGUUCCACAUGACUUACCAGCAGUUUAGUCAAUUGGCUACAUGGAAGCAGAACCAGAUGAAGAAAGGGUUUAAGUUAUUUUAA